UACUCUUGAUUCUAAAAAGGAGGUCUUGUUGCUUCACGUUACACGAGGGAACAACCUUAAAAAUUCCUCUGAAAUCGUCAUUCAUUGCUUCAGCUUAAUUUUCUCGAUUCUUCUUCACAGGAAGUGAUGCAUCUGAAUUGAUGAUGAUGCCAGCGGCUACUAGUAGAUGAUGGCUUCGACGGCGGAGAAUGAGGCCAUUGUAUAUAGUACUUCUCCUCAGAUUUUGACCACUUCUGCUGCUGAAGAUCAGGUUUGUGACGCAGAGAUGCUACCUGUUCCUGAAGAUUAUAUGACAACAACAACAAGUCAUGAUGCUGAUAUCGUUUUGGACCAAGAGUUCGUGGUUCCUUUCCCAGACCCUGCCUCUACGUUAGACAUUCAUGGUCCUGCCAGAUCAGAUCAGGGUGUUCAAGGUACAUGUUCUUUGCCAUCUUCUUCAGAGCAAAUGGCCUUUAGAGCAGCUUCCCAUAUUAACCAUUCAGAGGCUGUUCAUGAAAACGGUGUUCAGCCUCCUAACAUCUCACAUGGCACACCUCUUCCUAUGGGACAGAAUCCUCCGAGGCAUUUGUUUAGUGACCCGUAUGAGUACGAACUUGAGAAGAUACGCAUAGAAGAAGAGAACUUAAAGAAGAGCGUUGAAGAAGCAACAUCACAGCUAAUGGCUGAGCUGGAUAGGAAGAUGGCUGAAGCACGGAGCGAGUUUGAUAAGGAAACACAAGAGUUCGAUGCCAAAGUGAUGGAGGUAGAUGCACGUAUGGGUCUUGUUCGAACGGGCAGUCUUUUGGGGAACGCUUUCGUGUCUAAAUGUUCAGAGAGGAGUGCAUCCAAUGAUCUUGCAGCUGUAAGAGCAGCUAUGAUCUCUCAACAUUCAACUCAGCAGCAACAAGCGGUACAAACAAACACACAGAUGAGUUCAACCGCUCCUCCAAGAGUGAGACCUCAACAAGAAAGCACACGACUGAGUACUAGUGCUCCUCCUCGACCCUCAGUCGUAUCAGUGGAUAAUGACCCAGUCCCAAACUCAUCAGCUCCUCUUCCUCAUCUUCCCCGCCGCACCACCACGACUCAAACAAGUCCGGUGACUCAGCAAACAGUACAAGCACACUCGCAUGUGAACUCAACAGCUCCUACUCCACCUUCAGUCACAUCAGUGGAACCUCAAACACCAAACUCAUCUGGUCCUCUUCAUCAUCUCCCUCGCCCCACGACUCAACCAAGUCCGAUGUCUCAGCAAACAGUACAGGCAGCAGACACGCAUGUGAACUCAACCGCUCCUACUCCACCUCCAGUCACAGCAGUGGAACCUCAAACACCAAAUCAUUUACGUCCUCUUGCGCGCUUCCCUCAACCAAGUCUGGCAUCUCAGCAAGCUGUUUCGCAAUCAAACACAAACGCGAAUUCAUCAACACCUCUUCCUCGACCCUCAGCGAUAACAGAAGGUCUUCCUUUGCAUUCGCCGCUCUCAAACACGCCUAGGCCAAGACCGCGUCCUGUAAUCUCCAACGUGACUCCUCCAUCUUCUUCUUCUCCACCAGUGCGUGGCCCGGCGCCUCAUUUAGUGCGUGCCUCGGCUCCCCACUUGGCUCGGAGACCGGCGCCUCAUCUAAGGCAAUAUGGAUCAUUUCCAGCUCCCACGUCUGCUGCUGCUGCACCAACAACACAUCCAAGAAGGUCGGUUCAAGAACAAGAGCAGCAGCAGCUGCAACAAGGGAAGUCAAAUGGUGGUUUGGUUAAUCUUUCAGAUGAGGACUAGUGAUAUAGUAAUUCAUAUCUCUCUUUUUGUAUAACGUUUUUUCGAGUUUCAUAACCGAAAACAAAACCAAACCAAAAGGUAAAUGUUCUAAAAAAUUGAAAGAAAGAA